AUGCGUAUCCAUAUGCGCGGUCUUCUGCUGUGGGGCAUUCUCUCUGGCGAGGUGCCCUGUCCGCCCCGCCCUGUUGCUCCGGUAGCUCCUAUCACGCCAAUCCAGCCGGUGCUUGCUGCUCAUGCUUCUCAGGCUGAUCGGGAUGCAGCCAAGGCUCUUGAUGAUGCUGCAGUUGACGCUUAUGAUCACCAGGGCACUCUUGCCCAGUUCUCCUGCCCUGGUGCUCAUGCUCAGAAUGGCAUUGCUGAACACCCCAGCCGCCACCCCACCCCGCCGUCGUUCUCGCUCACAGCCGCCGCCCCCACCCCGCCGUCGUUCUCGCCCACGGCGGCCGCCCCCACCCCGCCGCCGUCCUCGCCCACGGCGGCCGCACCACCCGGCCGCCGACCUCGCCCACGUCGGCCGCACCACCCCGCCGUUGACCUCACCCCCGGCCGACGCCUUCCUCCACAUCCUUCUGACCCCAAGGCUGAGGUCGUUCCCGUCUAUCUCCCCUGUGUGUGCGCGUACAUCGUCGGCAAGCGUGAGGAGGGGUUGCCGCAGUUGCUUCUUCGCCUUCUCCCAUCUCACGUCCCCAUCGCCGGACGCCUCGCCACGUCUCUCACCUUGCCCCUCUCCAUGGUGCAUCGCGGAACUAUUUCUGGAGGCCGUCGCCACCGCAUUAGUUGCCGGAUGGUCUUCCCCUGCUCCAUUGCGCUGCUUUUAGGAGACAAUGAUUCCGGAACAGAUGAGUGAGGAUCAUAACUGGAUGGUUUCAUAGUUGGAUUUCUACCUGUCCAACAGAUUCAUGUCAUCUGGCUAUUUUUCUGGGAAGAUGAUUCGUCUAUGUUAUCUUCAAGGACGACGCUAUGGAUGAUCACAUCGGCAAUGGCAUCACUCGAGUUUGCAACAUGACUGAGAACAUGAUGAUAACAACUAUGCAUCCGGAGGAGGAUCUCACUAGUCCGUUUGCACUUCAACUAAUGAGCGACAAUCGUAUGGUAUUUUGUUGCAGCAACUGUUAUAUGGAAUAUGAUGGAUGAGAAAUAGUAAAAUGAUGCGUAUGUAUGUGAUGCUGCUGAUCAUGAAUCUAGGUGACUUAGAAGUGUGUGUGUGUGUGUUUUGUUUCAUUGCCCUGUGCAAUGCGAUGGAUCAGAAUCAGAGUGGUUUCAUGUAUGCGUAGAAAUGUUUUUGCUUUUGAGCAAGUCCAUGUACAAAUUCUCGUAUGUCAAUUGCUGGAUGUUGAAACAUAGUUUAAUAUAUCGGUAUGUAUGCAAACACUGAUUUUGGACGGCUUUCCUAAUAUAUGGGCUAUUGGAUGUA